AUGUGGUACUUGAGCGUUGUUUCAUCAAAGUUAUUUUUGUAUGAAGGAAAGUCUUCAAAGGAGGUCAAGGGUCUCAAGCCAUCAGAAGCAGGAUCCGUUUUGGUUUCAUUUGAAGACGGAACAAGGAAAAGUUUUUUUCUGAAUAGAUUUGUUGCAAAGAGUAUUUUGAGUAAGAAGCUGAAGAAAUUCCAAACAACAAGAUCACUCUUCUGCAAGAAAACAAGGGAUUACAUGGCACAUUACAAAAGUAGUGACUCUAGCUCUUCUACAGACACAGUCCCAGAAACAGACGAAGAAGAUAAUGUUCCUUCUGUGGAAGAUCAUGCAUUUGAUUCAUUUUCUUCACAAAUGGAACACAGUGAAUCCAGUUCUACAAGUACUAUGUCCGCAUGUGAUAGAGAAGAUAACGAAGUUUUACCUCCACUUCCUGUGAAAACAGAUUACCUGUAUGAGAAGAAAAUUAAAGGGCACAGUGUGAAAGUACACCUCAUGAAUCUUGCUCAACCAGUUAGGGAGAGAAGAGUCAGGGAUUUAAAUACAGCACAUGUACAUGCCUUGUCAAAGAGCUUCUUGGAAUCCCCAGGUGGUGAAUUCCAGCUUUUGGCUGGAAACAUCUUGUCAGGGGAUCUUGAGAAUGCCAUGCAAGAGAGAGGUAUGAGGAUCGAGGUGAUCGGAGGCAACCAUACAAAGGCCGCUCUAAUGACUUUGUAUCGGCAAGGAUUACGAAACCCAUAUGUCCAGAUGACAUUAUAUGAAGGCCUGACUGAUGAGGAGGCUCUCAAGGUGGGUCUCCAUCACAAUGAAACCAACCUGAAGGCGAAGCCUAUGUCGUUUUUAGAUAAGGUGGAUGUUAUUGUGAAGCUAAAACAAGACAUCAAAGCUGUGGCAUCAGUUUUUCAGAAGAAGAAUGGUCGUCAGGUGCGAAAUGACUUGGGCGUACAUAUGGCUGUAUCGAGGUGGCCAAACGAGAUUAUUGAACGCUUGCACCAGGUUGACCAAAAAUGGUGUUCAAAGAAGCCACUCUCACAAACCCUUUUGAGAGGGCUUAUAAAGCACAGUGAAAUGAGGAAGUAUAUGGACAAGGGAACAGAGAUUUUAGUUCAAGAAGGGGUUCAAGCUUUUAAGGAAAAAAUGAAUCAGUGGAUGCAAGUGGAAGGAGUUGGGCAUUUCAGGAAUAAGAAGCCAACAGAAGCAAAAGAAAAAACAACAGUGAAAGAAACAGUGAAAGAAACAAAUGAGAAAGAGCAUUCUGUGAAGCAAAAUUACCAAGUUGGAGAUGUAGUAAUGGCUAAAUGGAAAGACGGCAGAAAGUAUGAUGCAGUGAUCAAGAGAGUUGAAAUAAUUUACCAUGUGCAGUAUUUAGAAGACAAUGUUCAAAGGAAAGUGAGUGAAACUGAUAUAGAAGAAAAGGAUAUACAGUAAAAAGUAUAUGGAGAUCUGUCCUAGCUACUUGCCCCGGCGUCGGCGUCUGUGUUCAGAUUUCAGAUUAAAGUUUUGUUGCAGUAAAAUAUUUUUCAAUAUAACUUUGUCACUUCUUAAGGUAUCAACAUCAAACUUCAAAUAUAUGUUCCUUAUCAUCUACCGCAUCUUAUGUGACAAGGUUCAUAACUCUAGCACCAAUAGUUUCAGAUUUAUCUCCCCUUGAACUUAGAAUUUUCCUUCAAAAAUACUAUUUUUUACUGUUAUUUCUUAAGGGAUAUACUUCAUACUUUAAAUGUAUGUUCCUCAGCAUCAACCACAUCUUAUGUGACAAGGUUCAUAACUCUAGCACCAAUAUUUUGAGAUUUAUCUCCCCUUGAACUUAAAAUUUUCCUUAAAAAAUACUAUUUUUUACUGUUACUUCUUUAUUUCUUAAGGGAUCAACUUCAUACUUCAAAUAUAUGUACCUUAUAAUUAACCACAUGUUACGUGACAAGGUUCAUAACUCUAGCACCAAUAUUGCAAGAAUUAUCUCCCCAUAAACUUAGAUUUUUUUUACUUGAAAAAUGUUACUUUUUACUAUAAAUUUUUUAAUUUUAAAGGUAUCUACCCAAACUUAAAAGGAUAGUAUUUGGUUUGAAUUAGAUUAAAAGAGGCGGACUAGUCCUCCUUUUCAUAAUUUAACUGUUUGCAUUUGAUUAUUUUAUGAAGGUGGAUUGGUCCGUCAUUUUAUUUCUAAAGACUCCUUGAUCUUUAGUUUGAGUUUCUUUAAAUAAGGCAGACUAGUGCUCCUUUUCGUUUCGUAAAUAAAGUGGAUUAGUCUGUCAUUUAAGGUUAUGUUUUAUAUUGAAAAAAUAGAUAGUAUUUGAUUUGAGUUUGACUGCAAAAAGCGGACUAAUCCUCCUUUUUGUUUAAUAAUUUAAAUGUUCAGUUUUGAUUAUUGUUAGAAGGUGGAUUAGUCCGUCAUUUCAGUUAUUUUUUUCUGAAGACUCCUUAAAUAAAAUGAAUAGUAUUUGAUUUGAGUGACUAGUCCUCCUUUUUAUUUCGUAAUUGAACUUGUUAGUUUUGAUUAUGGUAAAAAGGUUGACUAGUCCGUCAUUUUAGUUAACGUUUUCAAAAGACACAUUGAAAAAAAUGCAUAAAUGCAUAAUUAAACUGUUUAUUUUUUUAUAAUUGUUUUAAGGUGGAUAAGUCAGUCAUUUCAGUGAACAUUUUCUUAAGACUCCUUAAUCUCUAGCUUGAGUUAACUGAAAAAGGCGGACUAAUCCUCCUUCAUGUUUUACAAUUUAAUUUUUGUUUUGUUUUGAUUAUUGUAUAAAUGUGGCUGUGUCAUUUCAUUUAAUGGUUUCUGUAGACUCCUUGAUCUUUAUCUUGAGUUUCACUGAAAAAGGCGGACUAAUCCUCCUUCAUGCUUUUUAAUCUAAUUUUUUUUUUGAAUAUUGUAUGUAGGUGAAUUAGUCUGUCAUUUCAGUUAGACUCAUUGAUUUUUAUUUUGAGUUUCACUGAAAAGGCGAACUUAUCCUCCUUCAUGUUUUACAAUUGAUUUGUUUUGUUUUGAUUACUGCAUAAGGUUAAUUAAGCCGUCAUUUCAUUUAAUGAUUUCUGUAGACUCCUUGAUCUUUAUUUUUAGUUUCACUGAAAAAGGCGGACUAAUCCUCCUUCAUGUUUUAUAAUUGAGUUGUUUAGUUUUGGUUAUUGUAUAAAGUUGGAUUAGUCUGUCCUAUCAGUUUAUGUUUGAAAAAUGCAAAGUAUUUGUUUUGACUUAGAUUGAAAAAGGCGGACUAAUCCUCCUUUUUGUUUUUAUAGUUUUUAGUUUUUUACUUAUUGUAUGUAUAAAGGUGGAUUAGUCCGCCUUUUGAGUUAACAUUUUCUUAAGAUUAAUUGAGAAAUAUUACGUCUUUGGUUGAGGUUACAUUGAAUGAGGCGGACUAGUCCUCCUUCAUGUGUUAAAAUUGAACAUUUUAGUUUUGAUAAUUGUGUAAAGGUGGAUUAGUCCGCCAUUUCAAUUAAUGAUUUCUAAAGACUCUUGAUCUUUAUUUUGAGUUUCACUAAAAAAGGCGGACUAAUCCUCCUUCAUGUUUGAUAAUUGAGUUGUUCAGUUUUGGUUAUAGAGUUAAAUUGAAAAAGGCGGACUAAUCCUCCUUCAUGUUUUAUAAUUGAGUUGUUCAGUUUUGGUUAUAGAGUUAAAUUGAAAAAGGCGGACUAAUCCUCCUUCAUGUUUGAUAAUUGAGUUGUUCAGUUUUGGUUAUAGAGUUAAAUUGAAAAAGGCGGACUUAUCCUCCUUCAUGUUUUAUAAUUGAGUUGUUCAGUUUUGGUUAUUGUAUAAAGUUGGAUUAGUCUGUCAUAUCAGUUUAUGUUUGAAAAAUGCAAAGUAUUUGUUUUGACUUAGAUUGAAAAAGGCGGACUAAUCCUCCUUUUUGUUUUUAUAGUUUUUAGUUUUUUAUUUAUUGUAUGUAUAAAGGUGGAUUAGUCCGCCUUUUGAGUUAACAUUUUCUAAAGAUUAAUUGAGAAAUAUUACGUCUUUGGUUGAGGUUACAUUGAAUGAGGCGGACUAGUCCUCCUUCAUGUGUUAAAAUUGAACAUUUUAGUUUUGAUAAUUGUGUAAAGGUGGAUUAGUCCGCCAUUUCAAUUAAUGAUUUCUAAAGACUCUUGAUCUUUAUUUUGAGUUUCACUAACAAAGGCGGACUAAUCCUCCUUCAUGUUUGAUAAUUGAGUUGUUCAGUUUUGGUUAUAAAGUUAAAUUGAAAAAGGCGGACUAAUCCUCCUUCAUGUUUUAUAAUUGAGUUGUUCAGUUUUGGUUAUUGUAUAAAGUUGGAUUAGUCUGUCCUAUCAGUUUAUGUUUGAAAAAUGCAAAGUAUUUGUUUUGACUUAGAUUGAAAAAAGGCGGACUAAUCCUCCUUUUUGUUUUUAUAGUUUUUAGUUUUUUUAUUUAUUGUAUGUAUAAAGGUGGAUUAGUCCGCCUUUUGAGUUAACAUUUUCUAAAGAUUAAUUGAGAAAUAUUACGUCUUUGGUUGAGGUUACAUUGAAUGAGGCGGACUAGUCCUCCUUCAUGUGUUAUAAUUGAAAAUUUUAGUUUUGAUAAUUGUGUAAAGGUGGAUUAGUCCGCCAUUUCAAUUAAUGAUUUCUAAAGACUCUUGAUCUUUAUUUUGAGUUUCACUAAAAAAGGCGGACUAAUCCUCCUUCAUGUUUGAUAAUUGAGUUGUUCAGUUUUGGUUAUAGAGUUAAAUUGAAAAAGGCGGACUAAUCCUCCUUCAUGUUUUAUAAUUGAGUUGUUCAGUUUU